UGAAAAUAUUAUCGGCAGAUUCAAUAAAAUUCUCCAAAAUCGGUUUGUUUGUUGAUACAUUGAAACGAUCUCCACAUGCAGAACACACGUUUAGAUUUUGCGUUUUGCGUCCAUCACCUGCAAACGAUUUAGUAACCUUUUCUAACAUGGAUUAAUAAGAAAACAAUUCAUGGCAUCAAUCGUAUCCAGUGUCAGUGAGUGAGGAAUGUAAACCGCUGUAAACGGAUCCAUUAGUGAAUAACAAAACAGGAUAAAACCAUCGGUUUCCAUUGUGAAAACAAAGAUUGAUUAAGUGCAUCGUGUGCGCGAAAAGUAGUAUCAAAAUGCAAGCGGUAGUACGAUUGUGGUUCAGAAUGAUUUCCCUUCUGCUGUGCAUAGCUGUGAUAAGCCCCGCUUAUGGAAUCUUCGACCGGCUGGUGGUUCAAACGAGCAGUGGCCCCAUCCGGGGUCGUUCAACAAUGGUGCUAGGCCGAGAGGUGCAUGUGUUCAAUGGAGUUCCGUUCGCGAAACCACCGGUCGACGGUCUGCGCUUCCGUAAGCCCGUUCCAGCUGAGCCGUGGCACGGUGUGUUGGAUGCCACACGGUUACCCCCAUCAUGUAUUCAAGAAAGGUAUGAAUAUUUUCCCGGCUUCGCAGGCGAAGAGAUGUGGAACCCGAAUACUAAUGUAUCGGAGGAUUGCCUAUAUCUUAACAUUUGGGUGCCAACCAAAACCCGUUUGCGCCACGGUCGCGGUCUAAAUUUCGGAAACAACGACUACUUCCAGGAUGAUGAUGAUUUCCAGCGCCAGCACCAGUCCAAGAGUGGCCUUGGCAUGCUAGUGUGGAUAUACGGCGGUGGUUUUAUGAGCGGUACGUCAACCCUAGACGUAUACAAUGCCGAAAUGCUGGCGGCGGUUGGGAACGUAAUCGUCGCGUCCAUGCAGUACCGAGUGGGUGCUUUUGGAUUCUUCUACUUGGCACCGUACCUGAACGAUGACGAUGCACCCGGAAACGUCGGCCUGUGGGAUCAAGCGUUGGCGAUCCGAUGGCUGAAGGAAAACGCCAAAGCCUUCGGAGGUGAUCCGGACCUAAUAACACUGUUCGGCGAAUCGGCUGGUGGCAGUUCGGUCAGUUUGCAUCUGCUGUCGCCGGUUACCCGGGGCCUAUCGCACAGAGGCAUUCUGCAGUCCGGAACGCUGAACGCACCAUGGAGCCACAUGUCUGCCGAGAAAGCUCUCUCCGUUGCCGAAGCGCUCAUCGAUGACUGUAACUGUAAUGUGACACUAUUGAAGGACAAUCCAAAUUAUGUGAUGAACUGUAUGCGGAAUGUUGACGCCAAGACCAUAUCAGUGCAGCAGUGGAAUUCAUACUCGGGAAUUCUGGGAUUCCCAUCGGCGCCGACAAUCGACGGCGUGUUCAUGACUGCUGAUCCGAUGACAAUGCUUCGGGAGGCGAAUCUGGAAGGCGUGGAAAUUCUUGUGGGAAGCAAUCGAGAUGAAGGUACCUACUUUCUGUUGUACGAUUUCAUCGAUUAUUUCGAGAAGGAUGCAGCGACGUCGUUACCGAGAGAUAAGUUCCUGGAAAUAAUGAACACCAUCUACAGCAAGGCGUCCGAGCCGGAGCGUGAAGCGAUUAUAUUCCAGUAUACCGGCUGGGAAAGCGGCAACGAUGGCUAUCAAAAUCAGCAACAGGUGGGCCGCAGUGUGGGGGAUCACUUCUUCAUCUGUCCCACUAACGAGUUUGCCCUGGGUCUGGCCGAACGAGGUGCUUCUGUGUACUACUACUACUUCACUCACCGGACAAGUACUUCGCUGUGGGGUGAAUGGAUGGGUGUGCUGCAUGGCGACGAGGUGGAGUACAUCUUCGGACAACCGAUGAACAUAUCGAUGCAAUACCGACAACGGGAGCGAGAUCUCAGCCGACGAAUGGUGCUUUCGGUCAGCGAAUUUGCGCGAUCUGGCAAUCCGGCUCUCGAAGGUGAGCAUUGGCCGGUGUACACGAAAGAGAACCCUAUUUAUUUCAUCUUCAACGCGGAAGGUGAGGAUGAUCUUCGAGGAGAAAAGUACGGCCGAGGGCCAAUGGCGACGGCGUGUGCGUUCUGGAACGAUUUCCUGCCCCGACUGAGGGCUUGGUCAGUGCCACCGAAGCCGUCCUGCAAUAUUCUGGAGCAAGUUUCGGCUGCAACCAUCAUGUACGUGGACAUCAAAAUCGUUACCGUGCUUAUAGUGUUCAUCCUCGUAAGAUUGUUCUAAGCUCCUAUACUUCAUACACCCACCCACCUCACUCUUAUGAAGAAGCGAUAUCACAGAUUACAACUAGAGCAGGUUAUAUUGGAGCUUUACAUGUGGUUAUUAUCCACCAUUUAGAGAACAUAAAACUGCAGCGGGAAGACGUGUUUCGAGUUCCAAGUGUGAGCUAAACUUGGAACAAGCAAUUUGCUAUUACUCGGCAAGAACGUAAUUAGUGGAUGACAGAUUGGAACUAAGGAGGAGUUGCCAAAGUGAUUUGAACGGCCAAUGUCCCAGAUGGAAACGAAAAUCUCGAGAUGGAUUCGUCAAUACUCGAUACGAUUGAAUGCAUAUCUAGAGCUUGAUUGGUGAGGCGCAGGCGCUUUUUACACCAUCGUUUUGUUGAGACACACACACACACUGACACACUUACAGACACAUUCGCACGCUUGAAUAAGACAAAUGAUGAAAGCAUGGUUCCAACGACAAUCGAUUGAAUGGUUUGAGAUUGAAUUCAACUUAAUAUAUCGAAAUCAAGUUCCAUAUUUGUGGAAAUAUACUUCCAAAAUUAACAAAAGUAUUCAAUCAACCAUCAUUCAAGGGGAUGUCGUACGACCACGAUGGAAGUCAUCAAUAAUAUCAAACGAAACAAAACCUCCACAUAGGCGAGCGUAUGGCAAAGGAGUUUGACAUAAAUUUUAUACGAGCAUGAGAAAACCAUUAGUUCUUAGUGAUUGGGCGUAGAAAAGAAAAAAAAUACUUGUUGGAUGUGCUGUUAAUUUACCUGCUUCAUGUGAACUUUAUCUUUCCGUUCAGAUAAAUCCGGCACCACCAAUCAGGUGCCGGAAGCAUUUUAUUUACAAGUUGGCAAAACAGUAGUAGAGCUGAUGAUAGAUAACUGUUUCGAUGUUUUAAAUGUUAAAGUGUACCAAAGAAUAUGACAUAAAAAUUACAGACACGAACCUAAUUACUAAAACACAUAUCAAUGCACAUUCGAUGGUUGAAAGUCUGCCGUGUAGAUUAUGUAUAUUGGAAAAAAAAUAUGAUAAAUAAAAGUGACGGAAAGAUAUAUCUUUAUGAAAUGAAAUAAUUUACUAUUCAAUGUUUCAAGGCUAAAACUUUUUAUUUGUCUGAUUUGGCUGAUGUGCAUAAGUUUGGUUCGCAUUAUGAAAUAGUAGUGAUAUUCACUGUUGAGUAUGUUAAAUAUUAAAAAUUACAUAUCAGUGAAGGGUUACCAUAAAUAGUAUGUAAAAUAAUCAAAUUUUCCAAAAGACCUAAAUUUCAGAACACUUUAUUCAACCCUUUGAAGUGCAAAUUAUGUGGGAACGUUAUAUACCCUAGAACCAGAUACAUAUCACUAAAGUUUAGAGAAACCAAUAUGGAAACAAAGAUAAUGACUGCACGCUUUUUUGUGUGUCGUAAAACUACGAACAAAUCAAACCUAAGUAUUAAUGAUAAUGGAAUAUAUAAAGUCAAGAAUACACUUUUUAAGCGCCAUAACCCACCCUCCUUUUUAUAAAUAUACCAUUUUAUACACAAAAUUUGAUAACAAGAAAAGCCACAAAACUGAUUUAACUGUCCUUCCACCAAACGUAUUAAGGCAAAUUACGUAGAAUCAAAAUUAAUUGAAUAUAUCAUAAACGAAAUACAAAUAUAACUAAAUAAGUGUUAGAUGCAGGCAACACGUUUUAGGCUCCUUUGUAGACGAGCAUAUCCAAAGUGCAUUUGUUGUGAAUCGUGCACAUCUCCCACAAGCAAAAAAAAAACAAAAAUGGAAGAAAAAUGAAAAACUUAUGAUAAUAUUGGCAGGUUCUAGUUAAGCUGUAGCGCGUAUUUUAGGCACCACAAUACACACUAAUCAACACGCAUCGAGAAUCUCAUUGUUGCGUUGCUGCAAUGCAAAUCAGUUGGUCGACAGAUUUAAAUUUUUCCAAUUGCUAAAAUCACUUUUCCAUAUUUACAGCGAUGAUGAUUGGCUUCACUAGUUUAUGACUUCAAUGUGUGGUAGGUUUUUUUAAGUUAUUUUGU